AUCGCACUUCAGUAAAGACGCACCUUGCGUUAAGAUGUGGAGAGCAGCUGUCGUCUUACUAGUCUUUCUUGCUGCCUUUCCUCAAGGCAAUGACGGACGGAAAAGAAAAAAAAAUGAUGCUUUUCCUAACUGCGGAAACAGGUAUCAAAGUAAUGAAAUCUUCCAAAAUGAUCAAAAACGCAUCGUCGGWGGACAUACGAGUAUCCAAGGUUCAUGGCCUUGGCAGGUGGCRCUGGUCAUCAAAGGAGCACAAUAUUGUGGGGGCUCGCUCAUCAACCCAGAAUGGGUGGCAACGGCUGCGCAYUGYUUUCAUGUUUCGCCAGCAAACCGAACUAAAAAUUUCACCAAGGCUAAGGAGUGGACCGUUAUUCUAGGUGAACACAAGCUGUUGGAAAAAGAAACGUUUGAGCAGUCAAGAAAAGUGGAAAAACUCAUCAUCCAUCCCGACUACGAGCUCUUAUUUUUYGUAGGAAUCUACGAUGUGCCACCGGAUUAUGAUAUAGCACUCCUAAAGCUUUCUAGACCGGCYAGGAUUGACAGGUUUGUCUACCCGAUAUGCCUUCUCCGUCCAGGACUUAGUUUUCCCGCGGGUMAAGAGUGUUUUGUGACCGGAUGGGGCCACACCCGGUUCAACGGGACUCAACCCGAAGCACUAAACGAAGCCAAGGUCCAGCUGGUGUCGCUCGAUAAAUGCAACAAGAAUGAGUCUUACGCGGGAAAAAUUCACGGMCGCGCGUUGUGCGCGGGGUUCGAGAAGGGUGGAGUUGACUCCUGCCAGUAUGAUAGUGGAGGACCACUGGCCUGUCAAUACCACGGGCGCUAUUAUCUUACGGGRAUCGUGUCCUGGGGUCAUGAAUGUGCCAGGCCUCUUAAGUAUGGGGUGUACGCUGACAUGAGAGUGAUGACACCUUGGAUCUUGAAGACCAUUUCGAGAGAUACUUUAAUAAUGUAAUCCUCAAGUUCCUCAAAACAGAGUAGAGUUUUUUCUCUCGUCUUGGAGGAGCGUGCCGCUUCGAACUUGUUCCCACUCCCCGCGCGUCCAAGACGGGGGAAAAUUAAYCGAUUUUUCUGAGUUUUGAGGGAACUUCCUACCCUCAAAAAUAAUCAAAUCUAUGCUAUGUAAUUAAGGUAAUAACGAGAAAAUAAACUUCGAAGCAUGAAUCACCUGA